UGUUUAUUUAUUCAACAUGGCUGACGAUAAACGAAAAAGCUAUCCGUUGAUGUUUAAAAACAGUGUCCUUAAAAUGCUUCGCGAAAACAAUGGAAACGUAGCUAAAACUGCUAGGGAAUGUGGUGUACAUAGGAAAAAUAUUCGGCGCUGGAAGUCUCAAGAAGCUUUGAUUUCGGACACGGUUCAAAAUCGUAAGAUGAAUGCCGGAUUUCGACGAAGGAUACGGGAUCGAAAUUUAGUUCUUCUGCCUGGAGCUUCAAGAUUAGAGACUGACAGUUUGGGGCCUGUGCCAGUCCCAAAUGACAAACUCUAUGGAGCUGUCACGGCACGCACUUUGAUCAAUUUCAACAUUGGUGGUGAAACUGAAAAAAUGCCGGUUCCACUUAUCAAAGCUUUUGGUAUUCUGAAGGCUGCAGCAGCCCAAGUGAAUCAAGAGUAUGGCCUGGAUCCCAAAAUAGCUGAAGUAAUAAAAUCUGCUGCCAUGGAAGUGAGUUCUGGUGAACUUAUGGAUCAUUUCCCUCUUGUCGUGUGGCAGACAGGUUCUGGCACACAGACAAAUAUGAAUGUGAAUGAAGUGAUUAGCAACCGAGCUAUUCAGUUACUUGGUGGUCAGCUUGGCAGUAAGGAUCCUGUGCAUCCAAAUGAUCAUGUAAAUAUGAGCCAAAGUUCCAAUGAUACAUUUCCGACUGCAAUGCACAUAGCUGUUGCUGCUGAAAUCCACCAGCAUUUAUUACCUGCCCUUCAUAAAUUACACGAGUCUCUCAAAAACAAAUCUAAUGAGUUUAUGGACAUUAUCAAAGUAGGACGUACACACACGCAAGAUGCAGUACCCUUAACACUUGGACAAGAGUUUAGCGGAUAUGUAACCCAGUUAGCUAAUGGAAUUGAACGCAUCAAAUCAACUAUGCCAAGAUUAUAUCAGCUAGCCAUAGGUGGCACAGCUGUUGGAACUGGAAUAAAUACAAGAAUUGGAUUUGCAGAAAAAAUUGCUUCUAACAUUGCUGAAAUUACAGGGCUUCCUUUCCAAUCUGCUCCUAAUAAAUUUGAAGCACUUGCAGCUCAUGACGCACUUGUUGAAGUACAUGGAGCUUUAAAUGUUGUGGCAUGCAGUUUAAUGAAAAUUGGUAAUGACCUACGCUUCCUUGCUUCUGGUCCUCGGUGUGGUUUUGGAGAAUUAAUUCUUCCUGAAAAUGAGCCUGGAAGUAGUAUCAUGCCAGGUAAAAUCAACCCUACGCAGUGUGAAGCCAUCACAAUGGUGGCUGCCCAAGUUAUGGGUAACCAGGUUGCAGUUACUAUUGGUGGCUCAAAUGGCCAUUUUGAACUGAAUGUUUUCAAACCUCUCAUUGCACGUAAUGUUCUACAAUCAAUUAGACUCGUUGGAGAUGCAUGCAUUUCUUUCACUGACCAUUGUGUUAAAGAUAUCCAACCAAACAGGAAACGCUUGCAAUCCAAUCUUAACGAAUCCCUUAUGCUAGUCACUGCCCUAAAUCCCCACAUUGGCUAUGACAGAGCAGCAAAAAUAGCCAAACUAGCUCACCAAGAAGGUACUACAUUAAAAGAGGCAGCGCUAAAAUUAAAUUUUUUGAAGGAAGACCAAUUUGAUGAAAUAGUUCGACCCGAAAAUAUGCUUGGACCAAAAUGAUGGAAUUAUUAAUGUACUCUAUAGCAACCUGGUUAAAAACCUUGUGAGGAUAGCUCUAACUUUCCCUCCUUGACUGACUUUCAUAGCCAACCUCUUUUGAUAGCUGUUGAGCAACAGUUGACUACAGAUGUAAUCACCAAGACAGGAUAAAAAUCUGAUACGGAAAAAAAUUGUAAAUAGGUUGAGAAAAAAAUAAUAAAACAAAUGAAUUUGAUAGUUGA